AUGAUACAUUCAGAUAAUAAUUAUAAUAAUGAUAGAAAUGAAAUAUUAUUUUUUUCAGUGUGGAGAAACCAAUAUCUAUUAAGUGAAAUACAAAGACAUCACAGAUUAUAUAAUGAAAAUAAAAAAAUAGUAGUUAACAAGUCAAUGGAUCAACUUAGAUAUCAUCCACAUAGAAGAUAUGCCACUAGAAUUGAAAUUGAGGUCGAUGAACCAUUAAAACCAUAUGGUCAAGUAAUACCCUAUGGUACAUCUGAAUUACAUUUCUUUGAAGGAUAUAAUAAACAAAUUAAAGCAGGCGAUAUUCCAACAACAGUCACUUCUUUAAAAUUUUCUGAAAACUAUACUCAUCCUUUCGAUAUUAAAUCAGUUGUUCCACCAAGUGCUACUAAUUUAGAACUCGAUUUAUACCUAUUUUCCUUUAAUCAAACUUUAAAAGUUGGUGACUUACCUAAAACAUGUAAAUAUCUAUAUCUCGGCUCUUACGAUCAACCCCUCCAACCAAAUGUUCUUCCAGCUCAUUUAAAAAGAUUAUUCCUAACAACCUUUAACCACCCACUAUCAUACGGUGUACUUCCAGAAUCAAUCACAAAUCUAAUCAUAUUUAACCAGGUAGUUCUACCAGGCACACUACCAAAUAGUCUCACAACACUCACAUUCGGUUAUCAUUUUAACCAAACAGUUCCACCUGGUACAUUACCAAAUAAUCUCAAAACACUCAAUUUCGGUAUUUUUUUUAACCAAGUAGUUCAACCAGACUCAUUACCAAAUAGUCUCACAACACUCACAUUCGCUCAUUGUUUUAACCAAGUAGUUUCACUCGGCGCAUUACCAAAUAGUCUCACAACACUCACAUUCGGUUAUAGUUUCAACCAAGUAAUUCCACCCGGCGCAUUACCAAAUAAUCUCACAACACUCAAAUUCGGAUAUGAUUUUAACCAAGCAAUUCUACCUGACACAUUACCAAACAGUCUCACAACACUCACUUUUAGUUAUGCAAUUCUGCCUGGUUCAUUACCAAAUAGUCUCACAACACUCAAAUUCGGUAUUCAUUUUAACCAAGUAGUUCUACCCGGCACAUUACCAAAUAAUCUCACAACACUCACAUUCGGUCAUCGUUUUAACCAAGUAGUUCUACCCAACUCAUUACCAAAUAGUCUCACAACCCUCACAUUCGGUUAUAGUUUUAACCAAGUACUUCUGUCUGAUUCAUUACCAAAUAGUCUCACAACGCUCACAUUUGGUAAUCAUUUUAACCAAGUAGUUCUACCCGGCACAUUACCAAAUAGUCUCACAACGCUCACAUUUGGUUAUUAUUUUAACCAAGUAGUUCUACUCGGCACAUUACCAAAUAAUCUCACAACGCUCACAUUCGGUCAUCGUUUUAACCAAGUAGUUCUACCUGGCUCAUUACCAAAUAGUCUCACAACCCUCACAUUCGGAGCUGAUUUUAACCAAGUACUUCCAUCCGACUUAAAAGACUAUUUGGUAAUUCAAAAAAAACUAUAAUAAUUAACAAAAUAAAAUUUAAAUUGUAUUGAAAAUAUCAUUCAAGUUUUAAACCCUAACGGUACCCGAGUUUGGUAACUAUUCAAUUUUGGUUUAUAGAUACUGAAUAAAGUUCAUUCUUUAUAGUGAUUAUUUUUGUUAAAUAAAUUUUAUGAAAAAAUGAAAAGGUUUUUUAUUUUUGUUGGU